CAGCCAAAUCCCACAGAUUUCCCAAGAUCUUUCAGAAUCUCUCCAUAUCUGAUUUUCCCUCCCCUUUUCUUUUCUUUUUCUCUUAUUCCUUUAUAAAUCCAAACCCCCACAAUUUUCAAUUUCCCAUUCCGAUUUGCGUAUUUGAUUCUCUCGAAUUCGAAAAAAGAAUCUCCCGAAUCGCUAAUUCCUGAUUCGUCCUUGAUCUUUCGGAGCCAUGGCAGAGGUUUUGCUCCCUGAGAAGAUUGAGAUAUCCAACGGCCCCUCGCCGUCUGGAUCGCCGGAGCUCCUCCAUGUUCUCGCCGUCGACGACAGCCACGUCGACCGGAAGUUCAUCGAGCGAUUGCUCAAGAUCUCUUCCUGCAAAGUUACUGUUGUUGACAGCGGAACGAGAGCUUUGCAGUACCUUGGAUUGGAUGGAGAGAAGAGUUCCGUUGGUUUUGCGGAUUUGAAGGUGAAUUUGAUAAUGACCGAUUACUCCAUGCCGGGGAUGACUGGAUAUGAACUUAUGAAGAAGAUCAAAGAAUCCUCAGCUUUCAGAGAAAUACCAGUGGUGAUCAUGUCCUCAGAGAACAUCUUGCCUCGAAUUGAUAGAUGUCUAGAAGAAGGGGCAGAGGAUUUCUUACUAAAGCCGGUAAAACUGUCGGACGUGAAGAGAUUGAGGGACUCUUUGAUGAGGGGAGUAGACGAGGAAAGGGUUUCAGACAAGAGGAAGCAUAACAUCCUCAAGAGAGGAGUAGAAGGCGGCCUUUACCCUCUUCCAUCACCUGUCGACAUGAUGAUUCAGCACCAUCACAAACGCCCCAGAAUUUGAUCUCUCACUGCUUUCCAAUGCGCAAAUUGAUCGUCCUAUGGCCGAACCCCGAAACACGACCUGCAAUGGCAUAUGGUCUAAAAGCCUUAGUAGGUCAAGAUCGAGACCAGGAUCUGCCAGAUUCUAACAAAACCGCUGCGAUGGGUCUUCAUAUGGAAGGGUUGUAAAUUAUAGGGUUUGGAAUUUUUCAUUAUAGAUUAUAAAAAGCAAUACAUUACACGAGAGUAUAUUUUUUGUAGGGUGUAAGCCCCCCCUAGAAAUGUUUUUUUUUUUUGCGCUUUACGUGGACUAAAAGCGUUUACCGAAUGACCUUUGGAAGAAAUAUGUAUAUAUGUAUAUGUCCAAGAUUCCUAAUUGCUUCUUCUCAUGCACAUUU